CGGAGAGUGACAGAUGUCAUGUCUUAUCUCAGGUGCUCAGAAGUGGCGCUUUUACUCUUCAUUUUUGUGGAACUCACUACAGCCUUAAAGUGUGUAUGUCACUUGUGUGUGAACCACACUUGUGAGACAGAGGCAGAAGGAGCGUGUUGGAACUCAGUGAUGCUCAUAAAUGGGAAGGAGGAGGCAGUGAAGUCCUGUGUGUCCCCAUCAGAGCUCAAGGGUCAGGUGUUCUGCCACAGCUCCAGAAACGUCUAUAAACGCAACUGCUGCUUUACAGACUUCUGCAACAAUGAGACGCUGCACUUCAAUGCAGAGCCGCCACCUGAUGGGUCUGGUUGGAGUCAGCUGGAACUAGCAGCAGUAAUUCUUGUGCCGUCGUGCCUGGUGUGUAUAGGUGUCAUUCUGGGAAUGUGUGCCGUACAAAACCUGCGAUGCACACACAUUAAAGCCCACAAACAGGAUCCAGAGGAACCCCUGGAUGACCAUACUCUGGUGUCACCUGACAAAUGCCUGAAAGAGCUCAUCUAUGACAUGAGCACCUCUGGCUCUGGUUCAGGAUUGCCUUUAUUGGUCCAGAGAACGAUUGCUCGAACCAUUGUCCUCCAGGAAAGCAUUGGAAAGGGGCGCUUCGGGGAAGUGUGGAGGGGCAAAUGGAGGGGGGAGGAUGUCGCUGUGAAGAUCUUCUCAUCACGAGAUGAACGCUCCUGGUUUCGUGAGGCUGAGAUUUAUCAGACAAUAAUGUUACGUCACCAGAAUAUUUUGGGAUUUAUUGCCGCUGAUAACAAAGGUAUUACAUGA